UGACAGAAGGUCAAGGCCUAACGUCAUCUGGUCAUAGAGUCAAAGGAAUCUGGUGGUACAAAGCAAGAUGAAGUGUCCAAUUUGUGGCCCAAAGUUGUCGAUAUGUUGCUCUCUUUUGAGUAUCUGGGGAAUAGUUAUGUUGGCAUUGUUAGGAGUUUUCUACAGAAUCCAUAGUGUGGCUUUAUUUGAGGAUCUUCCAAUAACAUCAGAAGACUGGAAGAAAGAUAACUACACAUUGUCUGUGAUUCAUGAUAAAUAUAACCAGACAGCUUACAAUUGUUUUGUAGCCGCUGGGAUUUACGUUCUCUGCUUCUUCUUCUCUUGUUGUCAACAGAGGAUGGGAUCAAAAGCCAACUACGAGAUGUCGUAACAGAUUUAUUAUGGGGACUCUCUCGGCAAACAAUCCUAGUCUACUGUAUUAUGUAGCAACAGUAAUCAGUCUGUAUUUCUAGUGGGUUUACAUUAUAUAUAGGUUAAUUCAAAACUCUAACGCACUGUGUACUGUUACUUGAAAUAUUGAACAAAAAGCAAAAUCAUCAUCAAGGUCAUCUUGUCAUGUGAAUCAGGGUCACAGGGGUCAAAGUUGAAGUGUCAUUCCAGCUACUGUACACACCAUUCCAUUGUUUCAUGCCAUGACCUCAUUCUAGUAUACAAAAUGUACUCUUUUGACAAGUAUUCAUUGAUAACAUAAGCCACUGAUUUUCAUGAAAUAAUUGUUCCAAAAUAAAUGUCCCAAAUACAUGUUCAAAUUUUCUAUGGUAAGAGUUGUAAUAAUAUAGUCUGUACAUAUUGAUGUAGUAAUCAAGAUGUUAAACAGUUUGUAAAUAUAUAUCUUAUAGAAUAAUUGUGUGGUAAUUUAUUUCCUAUGUUGACAUGUUACAAAAUUAAUGACUUCUAUUGUGAUUUAAUUGAUGAUAAAUUAGUGUAAGUGGUGUUAAAAAAUGACAUAUAAUAAAGAAAUUAAUUGGA